AUGGAGCCGUGGUGCUGGGCCGGGGUCCGUGGGCAGGGCCCUCAGGGCCUCCGCGUGCCCGGGACCUCCCGCGCCCGCACCCGUGCCCUUCUUCUUCUGCUGCUGCUGCUGCUGCUGCUGCUCCUGCCUCGGCGGCCGGCAGGUGAGCACGCCCACCCCCGGCGCCCCCAACCCCCCAACACGGCCGCCUCUGACCCGCCUUUGACCCGGUGAAUUUCCACAGGCUGCUUGGCUGCAGACGAAUCCCCGGGGGCGCUGUCCACAGUUCGGACAAGGCCCUGUACCUCCAGAGCCUCCAGUCCCUCAGGCAGGGUUCGCCAUCCCCGGCAGGCUCUGUCGACUCCGCUACCAGGCACUUUGGACACUUCGGGCAUUACCGGGUCGGUCCCGACGCCACCACCAGGCACUUCGGGCGCUUCUUCGGGCACUACUUCGGGCACUUCGCGCACUUCGGGCAUUACCGGGUCCGUUCUUAGCACGAAACACACCAGCCUCCCCUUCUGUGGCUACUCCCACGAGCCAGACCCUACCCUCAGGGACCCAGAAGCCAUGACUCGGAGGUGGCCAUGGAUGGUCAGUGUGCGGGCUAACGGCACACACAUCUGUGCUGGUAUUCUUAUUGCUUCUAAGUGGGUGCUGACCGUGGCCCAUUGCUUGAUCCAGGACCAUGUUAACUAUACGGUGAGGGUGGGCAGCCCAUGGAUUGACCAGACGACGAAAACCAGCUCCGAUGUGCCGGUACAUCAGAUCAUCAUAAACAACGGGUACCAACCCAGGCGAUACUGGUCUUGGGUGGGCCGGAACAAUGACAUUGCCCUCCUUAAACUCCAGUGGGGGCUCAAGUAUAGCAAAUAUGUGUGGCCCAUCUGCCUGCCUGGCCUGGAAUACAUGCUGGAGGACAGUUCUAUCUGCGUUGUGACAGGCUGGGGAUACCCCCAGGUGGAUGGCACGUGGCCCCAGUUCCGGACCCUUCAGGAGAAGGAAGUCUCCAUCCUGAACAGCAGGAAGUGUGAGCACUUCUACCACAAGGAAGCCAGAAUCUCCUCGCUGGUGCGGAUCAUCACCCCUCAGAUGAUCUGUGUCUUGGACAAGAACAGAGACAAGUUCUGCUAUGAGAUAACCGGUGAGCCCUUGGUCUGCACUUCGGACAGCGGUAUAUGGUACCUGAUGGGAAUGAUGAGCUGGGGCCCGGGCUGCAAGAAGAACGAGUCCCCACCCAUCUUUCAGCAUAUCUCCCCCUACCAGCAGUGGAUCUGGGACAGCCUUAGUGGGGAGCCCCUGACCCUUCCAGCCCCCUCCAGGACCUUGCUCCUGGCUUUCCUUCUGCUCCUCAGCCUUCUUGGCACUCUGUGACACGGCCAGGCCUCUCUCCUUGCUCUCCUCCUCGGAGUGCUGCUGUGGGUGUUGUGCUCAGCCAGCAGGGACUAGCAGAGAUUAAACACUUGUUUUUCCCAGGUCUCCUCCUUUCUGAGCCUGCUCUGGCGGGAAGCAGGAAUACAUGAUGGGGUGGGUGAGGGGCUCUGGGGUGACUCCUGCGGAAAGCAGAGGGGUGUGUGUGUGUGUGUGUGUGUGUG